AUGAUAUAUCGGCAAGUAAAGGUGACGGAUGUACAGAACGAGUGAGAGAGACACAGAGAGAACUUCAAAUCGAACAGAGGACAGAUGAUUGAAUGAAGCCUCCACCACUAACCAUGCAGUGGAGUCUAUCUCUCUGCUCUUUAAUGGGAGUUGCAUUAUUAGCCCAGAUGAGCAGCACCUCAACAGUAAACGUUGCGUUACAAGGAGUGGCCACUCAGUCAUCACAGUACUCUGCUGUUAAUACUAAUGUUAAUGAUGUGAAAGCUUGUAAUGCCAUUGACGGGAACAAAGACCCAAACGCCGACAAUGGAUCCUGCACCCACACAAUGUCGGAGACCAACCCCUGGUGGAGAGUGAACCUGCUGGAUGUGUACAAAGUGACUCGUGUUGUAAUCACCAACAGAAACAGCAAUCCUGAGAGGCUCAAUGGUUCAGAGAUUCAUAUUGGUAAUUCACUGGAGAACAACGGCAACAACAACCCCACAUGUACAGGCAUCUCCAGCAUCUCAGCAGGACAGAACCAGACCUUCCAGUGUAAAGAGAUGGAGGGACACUAUGUCAGUGUGAUCAUCCGUGGCAAUAAUAAAAUUCUCACUCUGUGUGAGGUGGAGGUAUAUGGCAGUCUAGCGGGACACUGUUCAUCUGAAACAUGCCUCUCUCAUGACGAGUAUCAGUUUGUGAACCAAAAUAAGACCUGGACUGAAGCACAGAGUUACUGCAGACAGUGGUACACGGACCUGGCCACCAUAGACAACGUGGAGGACUUGGACAGACAGAUGAAAGCUGUACACAGUGAUUAUACUGAAGCAGCCUGGAUAGGGUUAAAGAAGGGAGACGGGAAGGGAGAGUGGCAGUGGUCAGACAAUGAUUGCAGUGAGGGAUAUUUCAACUGGAGCCGAGACGAACCAAAUAACAGGGAAGGGAACGAGGACUGUGUGAUGAUGAGCAGCGGUGGCCAAUGGAAUACAUCUGAUUGCAACAAUUCACAUGCAUUUAUCUGCUAUGACAGACUGAACAGUUCUGGUACGAAAUUCCAUUUUAUUAAUAAUACUCAGAUGACUUGGAGAGAUGCUCAGAUGUACUGUAGGGAGAAUCACACAGACCUGGCCAGUGUGAGGAACCAGACUGAGAACGAGGAGAUAAUUAGAAUGGCUAGUGGUGAUAGUGUGUGGAUUGGCCUGUUCAGAGGCUUCUGGAAGUGGUCGGACCAGAGUAACUGCUCAUUCAGAAACUGGCAUGAGAGACAACACGAUAACACCGGAGGGAAUCAGACCUGUGCUGUGACAUUUAUGAACUAUUCCGGGCGUUGGGGUUUUCAGAAGUGUGAUGAAAAACAACCUUUCUUCUGCUACCACAAUAAGGUGAUCUUGAUCCAUCAGAAUAAGACGUGGAAAGACGCCCUGGCCUACUGCAAAGAGCACCACAGCGACCUGGUCUCUGUCUACUCUCACAAGGUCCAGAGAUGGGUGGAGGCCCAGGCCAAGAGAGCCUCCACUCCUCAUGUGUGGCUGGGCUUGCGCUUCACCUGCACUUUGAACAUCUGGUUCUGGGUCAGUGGAGAGUCCACCUGCUACAACAACUGGGCUUCGGGAAACGGGACCGUCAUGGAGGACUGUAUGAAAACCGGAGUGAGGAGAACCGGGGCGGUAGAGAAAGAUGGAAGACACCAGUGGGUCAGGCUGCCUGACACAGAAGAGCUCAACUUCAUCUGCACCUCUAAGAAAAAACUAGAAUCUGGACCACGGUAGUAGAAUCUGGACCAAGGUAGUAGAAUCUGGACCAAGGUAGUAGAAUCUGGACCAAGGUAGUAGAAUCUGGACCAAAGUAGUAGAAUCUGGACCAAGGUAGUAGAAUCUGGACCAAGGUAGUAGAAUCUGGACCAAAGUAGUAGAAUCUGGACCAAGGUAGUAGAAUCUGGACCAAGGUAGUAGAAUCUGGACCCAGCUCUAGCAGGGUACCAUUCCCAGACAUGGGUUUGGCCUAGUCCUGGACUAAAAAAAGCAGAGAAAAAUCUCCAUUUAGAAUUAUUUUUAGUCCAUGUCUAGGCUUAAUCUGUGUCUGGGGAAACCGACCCUCAGUCUUCAGAUCUAUAUAUUUUCAUUCAUAGAACUUUCUGGAAGCAUGUUGCUGUCGUAGCUUUUGAAAAAGAAAAGCAUCACACUCUAGGAGCUCAGAUGUAAUAAUUUAAUAACCAACGUUUGGACAGACAAGCUGUCUUCAUCAGGGUAUAAUGACAAACACUGCGUGUCACUAGUUGUCUCUGUAAUCAUGGCUGGGUGUGGCUUGAUAUCAUUGGUCGAUUUACAGAUAUAAAUAGAACAUGUAAAAAAAUGGAUAUACGAUCAUAGAUACAAUUCAGCUACAUCAGCCAACAAACGUUUUACAAUGAACAGAAAAAUCACAAUAAUCACAAGAAUGGCUUCAGAUUAAAAGUCUAUGUUGAGACCGAAGGGAGUGAGGGUCUUUAAAGUUCCGGGAGGCCUCUUGUUUUAACAAUACAUUUUCACGAUUGUAACUUUACAACUUUUUUUGUUUGACAUUAUGUUGUAUUGUGUGUGUGAUUUAAUAAAUUAUUAGAUUUUUAUAGAUUAUGUUUAAGGUUAAAAAAAUAUAUAAUAAUCUUGUUAUACUGUUUUAUCUUUUGAGGUUGUUUAUUCACAUCCUUUUCACAUAUUUGUCUAAACAUUUUAUUAGUCUUUCAAUCACAUAUAGACCUGGAUGAUCAUUGUUGAUGUUCAAUUUGACUGUCCUUUUAGUGUCAAUUGUAUUGGUGUGUGUGAGUAUGUGACGUUUGAUUGAUUCAAUGUCAUAUUUUGAUGCUGUUUUGAACUCUUUAUUUUUGGUUAAAUGAUUGUUUUACUGUUUUGUUGAUUAUUGAUCCAUCGCCAAUGUGGCAAAAAAUAUAUAAAUAUAUAUAUCUGUCAAGUUGCUGUGUAAUAAAAAAAAAUAUUUCAUAGAUUGUUAAAAAUGUAUUUAAAGGUCAUGUUUUAUAUUAAAUUGGAUGAUAUUUGAAGGAAGCCAGAUCAAAGUAUGAAAAAUGACUGUUGCUUCUACAUUGAUAAAGUCACUCAAAACUCCAA